AUGAAUCAAGUGGACAGAAUUAAUGCGUUGACGGUCGCGGAUCAGGUCAUGAAGGACGAACGAGAGACAAGGCAAUGGCUCAGACUGAACGGGUUGUUUUAUCAAGAAAUGAUUUGUGACAAUUGUGGCAGUGAUAUGACUGAAAUUGCGUAUCAAUCGGGCCUCGACGGCGUAAUUUGGCGCUGUCCUGUUCAUAGCUGUCAAAAAAGAACCACCAUACGGAAAGAUUCCUUCUUUGAAAAAAGUCACGUUCAAUUUAGUUUGCUGCGCUCCUCAAUGAAUUUUGAAAACAGAUGGGUCUUGAGAUCCGCUCUGAACUUCGCAAGUGAUGGAGAAGUAGGUAGAGAGUUCCAGAGAAAAGGACCAGAAAAGCAAAAGCAGAUUUAG